CUAAGACAGCAUGGGAAAGAAAAAAUAGUAGAGAAAGUGGAAGGAAUGACUGGACGGGAUAAAGAAAGGGGGAAUGAUAAAAGAAUGACUGAAAGAGAAACAGUUGCAGAGAGGUUUAGAAAAGGGGGGGGUGGGUCAGAAAGUCUGAAAGGUGAACUGUGUUAGAGGAGGGUGAACGAGAGUGCGUGAGAGAAAUAGAGAGAGAGAGAGAGACAGCGAGAGAGGGAGAGUGUCUAAGGGGAGGAGAGAAAGACAGAGGGAGGGAGAUAGAAGGUCAGAGAGAGAAAGAAAGACACAAGAAAGCACACCAAAGGGGGGCAGAGGUUGGGGGUGAUAGACUCUACCAAAAGGACUGAAAGUAAGAGGCAAACAUCAGCCAAUCAGAUCUGGGGAGAGAAGGAAAGGUGUGUGAGAGACAGCAAGGAGAGGAGACCAGGUGAAAAGAGACAUCAGCGAGAGGUCAGGGGAAAAAAAUAGUGCAUUGGAAAGAGGUGUAAAGAAGAGGAUAUAAAGGUAAAGAAAGGAUCAGACGACAGGUGAGGUGUAAGAGAACAGAGAAUUAGUAAGGGGGGGAGUAAAAGGUAGAAGGACCAGAAACGGUAAAAAAAAGAGUGAGAGAGAAAAAAAGGGGGGAAAGGAGGAGGAGUGGAGUAAGGAGGGAGUGAGAGAGGUGUAAGGGAGAAGGGCAAAGGAAUGAGAGACGAGGGGAGAAGUGAGAGAGGAUCAGAGAGAGAGAUCAGCCAGGCUGUGUGUAUAUAGAAAGCUGUGUACAGACAGCGUACACAUGGGCGCUUCACGCAGGUGAGGUGAGGGUUUACUGCCAACCUCGGCUCCCGAGCAAGCAUCAUGCAGCUCACACAAUGCUGUUUCAUAUUUCUGGUACAGGGGAGCAUCUAUCUGGUGAGUGUACAGAGCCCUGUCUGUGUCUCUCUGCCCUCUCUUUCUCUGUGUCUGUCUGUCUCUAUGCCCUCUCUCUGUCUGUCUGUCACUACUCUCUCUCUCAUCCCUCUGCCUGUCUGUCUCAUUUUCCCUUCCAUCUGUCUGUACCUCUAAUAUGUCUCCCAAUAUAAUUGUUUGUCUCUUUAUCUUUCUCUCUGUCUGUACCUCUAAUAUGUCUCCCAAUAUAAUUGUCUGUCUCGCAAUCCCUCAAUCAUUUUUAUCUUUGCUCUCCUCUUAUCUUAUCUUAUCCACUCUAUCUCUCCUGUGAUUCUUCAUUCCCUUCUAACACCUGCUGCCCUCUCCCCCUGUAUUCUAUCCGUAGAAUUCUCUAUUCUAGGACGAACUUAAAUAUUCCCUAUCUUCUACCUAGCAUCUCUCUCCCAAGAACGUAUUAUUAUUAUUAUUAUUAUUAUUAUUAUUAUACUGCUAGCAGAGGUGGUAUCAACGCUUACUUAUUUGUCAAUGGCAAAGACGGCUACAGCAUUCAAGGGGAAACCCUAGAAUUGUCCAAAGGAUGCUUGUGUUUAAUAAUUCCCAGGCUGUUUUCUGCCGUCUAUAGAACAGUUUGCUGUCAACCUGUUGCCUGCUACACUGUGCCUGUAAUGUGAUUUAUAAGAAUGAUAUGAUAGAUAGAUAGAUAGAUAGAUAGAUACAUAGAUACAUAGAUACAUAGAUACAUAGAUAGAUAGAUCCAUAGAUAGAUAGAUAGAUAUAUCCAUAGAUAGAUAGAUAGAUCCAUAGAUAGAUAGAUCCAUAGAUAGAUAUAUAGAUAUAUCCAUAGAUAGAUAGAUAGAUCCAUAGAUAGAUAGAUCCAUAGAUAGAUAGAUAGCUAUAUCCAUAGAUAGAUAGAUAGAUCCAUAGAUAGAUAGAUAGAUAUAUCCAUAGGUAGAUAGAUAGAUCCAUAGAUAGAUAGAUAGAUAUAUCCAUAGGUAGAUAGAUAGAUAGAUAGAUAGAUAGAUAGAUAGAUAGAUAGAUAGAUAGAUAGAUAGAUAGAUAGACAGUGGCAUUUCUAUUUCUCCAAUGUGAAAAGAAUAAUGGAUUCAAUCAUUAUUGUAAAUUCAAAUGUGUUUAUUGCUAAUGUUGAGUAUUUUCACAAGAUUUAGGAGAAAUGUAAUUUAAGGACAUGUUUAAUUAAAGGGUCUGUCUCACUUGGGAAUACAGUGACCCAAUGACAGUGACAUGUUUCAGAGGUUAAAGGUCAGUCCUGUAGAGUAAAUAGGUAAGUUAAUGAUAGUUGCAUAUUUAAUGUUAAGAAGUCCCACUGGGAAAUAAAUUGACCUAAUGACAGAAACAUGUUUAGUGGGCUAAAGGGUCUGUUCAUUGCAUGAAUAAUGUCAUAGUACAUUGCAGACUGAACCAGACACUGCUGAGUGUCAGUAUUGUGUACAGUGACCUCCUGACUGCAGAUUAUCAGGACAGGCUCAGACAGUGAUGGUUUUAUAUAUAUUAUAUACAGUGACCUCCUGACUGCACAUUAUCAGGACAGGCUCAGACAGCGCUGGGUUUAUAUAUAAUGUACAGCGACCUCCUGACUGCAGAUUAUCAGGACAGGCUCAGACAGCGCUGGGUUUAUAUAUAAUGUACAGCGACCUCCUGACUGCAGAUUAUCAGGACAGGCUCAGACAGCGCUGGGUUUAUAUAUAAUGCACAGCGACCUCCUGACUGCAGAUUAUCAGGACAGGCUCAGACAGCGCUGGGUUUAUAUAUAAUAUACAGCGACCUCAUGACUGCAGAUUAUCAGGACAGGCUCAGACAGCUCUGGGUUUAUAUAUAAUGUACAGCGACCUCCUGACUGCAGAUUAUCAGGACAGGCUCAGACAGCGCUGGGUUUCUAUAUAAUGUACAGCGACCUCCUGACGGCAGAUUAUCAGGACAGGCUCAGACAGCGCUGGGUUUAUAUAUAAUGUACAGCGACCUCCUGACUGCAGAUUAUCAGGACAGGCUCAGACAACGCUGGGUUUCUAUAUAAUGUACAGCGACCUCCUGACUGCAGAUUAUCAGGACAGGCUCAGACAGCGCUGGGUUUAUAUAUAAUGUACAGCGACCUCCUGACUGCAGAUUAUCAGGACAGGCUCAGACAGCGCUGGGUUUAUAUAUAAUGUACAGCGACCUCCUGACUGCAGAUUAUCAGGACAGGCUCAGACACGCUGGGUUUAUAUAUAAUGUACAGCGACCUCCUGACUGCAGAUUAUCAGGACAGGCUCAGACAGCGCUGGGUUUAUAUAUAAUGUACAGCGACCUCCUGACUGCAGAUUAUCAGGACAGGCUCAGACAGCGCUGGGUUUAUAUAUAAUGUACAGCGACCUCCUGACUGCAGAUUAUCAGGACAGGCUCAGGCAGCGCUGGGUUUAUAUAUAAUGUACAGCGACCCCCUGACUGCAGAUUAUCAGGACAGGCUCAGACAGCGCUGGGUUUAUAUAUAAUAUACAGCGACCUCCUGACUGCAGAUUAUCAGGACAGGCUCAGACAGCGCUGGGUUUAUAUAUAAUGUACAGCGACCUCCUGACUGCAGAUUAUCAGGACAGGCUCAGACAGCGCUGGGUUUAUAUAUAAUGUACAGCGACCUCCUGACUGCAGAUUAUCAGGACAGGCUCAGACAGCGCUGGGUUUAUAUAUAAUAUACAGCGACCUCCUGACUGCAGAUUAUCAGGACAGGCUCAGACAGCACUGGGUUUAUAUAUAAUGUACAGCAACCUCCUGACUGCAGAUUACCAGGAAAGCCUAAAAUGGUGCUGGGUUUCUGUAUGAUGUGCAUUAUAAACCUCUAAAGAGUUCAAAUGGCAAAUGAAGUACAAUAUAAUAUUGUUUUAUUAGGGUACCACUCAAGAUGUAGUUAGCAGAACCCACAACAUCGGUAUCCUGUGAAUCGAGAUAUCAGUGGGCAGGGUAAAAAAGGGUGGGGCAGUUAUGCAAAUUGCAUCACUGGUGCUGCCCCAAAGACGGCAGACCCUCCAUGAAUGGGGGUGGGUCUUCACAACAAACUGGCAGGUCAGCCUAGUGUGGAUGCACGCCAAGAUGUCUGUCACUCAGACAUGCUGGCCCAUUGAGGACAGACCCUGCAGGGAGAAUGUUUCAGCUCUGUCUGCAGGGUCCCUAAUGCUGUAAACAUAGUGCGACCAGAGCUACACUAUUUAGUGAUAAACCUGGGACAGCGGGUCAGGAUCUUAAAAUCAGGACUGUCCCACUAAAAUCAGAACAAUCGGCAGGUCUGAGUCAGGGAGUGGGGUAUUUUAAAACAAUUUAAAUUACAUAAUUCCUAACCCCCUGAUAUUCAUCCAUGUAAUUGAAAAAGUCAGUUAAAAUUAUUUUAUUUAUGCUAAAUCUUCUCUAAACAUUCUCACUGUAAUCUGAAGCACAUUACUCACAAUAUUAUUGCUGUAGAGCUGUGUUCGAUAUUCAUACAAAUGCAAAUAUCAGACUUCCAGAAAAGGGACCUUGGGAUUUAAAAGAUUUAAAAUGUUGUUUGGUGUUUCUAAGCUGUAUGAUCCCAAAGAAGAACACUCUGGAAAUUACUGCAGAUUAUCAGGACAGGCUCAGACAGCGCUGGGUUUAUAUAUAAUAUACAGCGACCUCCUGAUUGCAGAUUAUCAGGACAGGCUCAGACAGUGCAGGGUUUCUAUAUAAUGUACAGCGACCUCCUGACUGCAGAUUAUCAGGACAGGCUCAGACAGCGCUGGGUUUAUAUAUAAUGCACAGCGACCUCCUGACUGCAGAUUAUCAGGACAGGCUCAGACAGUGCUGGGUUUAUAUAUAAUGUACAGCGACCUCCUGACUGCAGAUUAUCAGGACAGGCUCAGACAGUGCAGGGUUUCUAUAUAAUGUACAGCGCUGUCUUGACUGCAGAUUAUCAGGACAGGCUCAGACAGCGCUGGGUUUAUAUAUAAUGUACAGCGACCUCCUGACUGCAAAUUAUCAGGACAGGCUCAGACAGCGCUGGGUUUAUAUAUAAUGCACAGCGACCUCCUGACUGCAGAUUAUCAGGACAGGCUCAGACAGCGCUGGGUUUAUAUAUAAUGUACAGCGACCUCCUGACUGCAGAUUAUCAGGACAGGCUCAUUUUAAGGCAGGGGAAGAGGGGCUUGGGGGACCUUCCUGUGUAGUGUGUUAAACUGGGGAGGGGGCAAUGUAUUAAUUUGAGGGAGGAAGGGAGGGGGCAGUUUAUUAAAUUGGGGAGCGAGUGGGCAGUGUAUUCAUUUUAGGGAGGGGGCACUCUAUUAAUUUGGGGAAGGUAGGGGGUCAAUGUAUGAAAUUGGGGAGGGGGAGCAGUGUUUUUAUUUGGGGGAGGGAGUGGGACAGUGUACUAGAGUGGUAAGAGGGGGCGGCAGUGUAUUAGAAUGGGAGGAGGGGGCAGUGUAUUAGAUUGGGAGGAGGGGGCAGUGUAUUAGAUUGGGUCUGGAGACGCUGAACUAUCCCAAUGGAGAUGCUGAUUGGCCGCGCAGCUUUUUGCCACACAUGCACAAUAGCCUCCCAAUGCUUUCCUAUGGGAAAUCAUUGGAUUGGCUGAGAUUAUCAGUUCUAUGAUCUCAGCCAAAGUGAAGAACUCACUCAAAGGACUUCAAAAUCAGCAGCAUACAUUCACCAUUUCAGUCCCAUUACCAAACUUUUCUAACUAUGUCAAGGUAGUUGGACUGAAACAUUGGUUAUAUUCACAUGCACGUCUUCUUAAAAUAAAUUUGUUCUUGCGUUGACUUUGAAGCCCUACAAGCGUGAGGACAUCCGGUGUCAGCACAACUUUUUUUUAUAAUUUACUUUUCUAAAUAAACCUAUGUUUCUAUGAAAACUAUAGUUUUCAUUUUUUUGCAGCCCACAUAAACUUAAACCUUGUUUACUUGGCCCGUGUUAGCCUUUGAGCCUGACAUGCGUGAUUUACAGUAACAUCCUGAAUGCAGAUUAUGAGAACAGGCUCAGGCAGCGCUGGGUGGGUGUCUAUUUAACAAAUAAUGACUCUCUGGUAUAUCUGGAUAAAUAUCACCCUAAUUUUGGUAUUAUGGCUCUGUAUAGCUCUAUAUAGCCAGUAUAGCAGCAUGAGAGCACCAUACAUGUAUCUAUUACCUGUAUGUCUGUUACCUUCCAGUUAAAGGAACACUCAAAGUACCAUAACCAAUACAGGUCACUGUAAUGGUUAUGGUGCCAGGCACAACUUCUCACCUCCAUUACCAAUGACAGAGAGCUUGAGCUUUCUAAGAAGGAACCUCUGUUAGCUCUCCUGGGCUAAUCCGUGCAUUGGCUGAGAGCAUCAAUUGAUCCCACUUAAUCAAUAAACGGCUCAGGAGAGCUAAUAGAAGUACCUACUUAGGAACUGCUGGCUCUCUGGUAUUAGUAAUGGACCUGGAGCAAGAAGUCACACCAUUCAAAAAUGUAUGACAUCUUACAAUGGGGGGAAUGCCAACAUACUGUAGUGGUUAUGGUGCUUGGAGUGUUCCCAUAAUAGUGUAAGUUGCAGCUUUUGAGUUAAUUGCUUAUAAUUAUGUAUGACAGAGCUCUAUUGCGUACGACAGUUGACAUUUUUUAUUUGCAGUAAUACAUUCGGUAGUUUUUUUCCCCCCAUGUAAUACUCCAUUUAUUUAUUUAUUUUAUUAUUUUGCAUUAAAGAUUUAGCAGAUGUCAUCUUAGUAAGUGUCAGUCCAGGCACAGCCAUGGCAAAUGAUGCAAAUGAGGAGAAGAAAUAUAAACGUUGUUUCAUUUCUCUUCUUCACAAUAUGUUCCUCUGUGCUGAUUGACAGGUGCAAAGGGCGGAGCUAGCGAGCUAACAAUGAUUGACAGGGAGCUAAGAUGGAGGCUCCAGUUGUAAGAUAAAUAGAUUUUCUACAUCUUAUUCUUCUCCUCACUUCACAAAUGCUUAUUUGUUAAAAUUAGUGUUUGAGUGAACAAAAUCAUGAGAAGCGACAGUUUAUCUUAUUUAAGCAGUCUUUAAUUGUACCACAAUAAAAUAUUUGACUACACUGACAUUAAGAUCCAGUUUAGCGGAAAAAAAUAAAUAAAAAUCUAACUGUUACUUUGAUUUGGUUUUCUGUAAUAACUGCAUGCUGUUAUGCAUGGAAGCAAAAAUGCAAUGUUUUGCUUCAUUCAAACUCGUUCUGAGAGAAUGUAUUAAACAUUUCCGCUCCUUAAAUGCUGAUGGGAUAAAAAGCUUAAAUGUGUAUUUGUAUUGUGGUAUUUUCUGUAUUAGUGUAAAAUACUUUGUCAUGUGUUGAGAAACACUAGUGUGAAUUAGUUAAAACAAAUGUUGUGUAUCGUCGUUGUAUACAUGUGUAACAGUGUCUAUAAAUGCCAGUUGUGUGUCAUUGUUCUGUGUAUUUGUUAAUAUGUCACUGAAUCCCAAAUAUGUAGAAUCAUUGUGUAUACUUGUAAAAAUCUAUGAAUUGCAGUUGUGUGUCACUUUUGUGUUUAUCUGUUUCAUUACACAUGGUAUUUGCCUUGUAUACAUGGAAAGACAUCUUGUGUUUGUUGUACAGCAGUUGUGUGUGAAUAUAGGUGUGGUGUAACUGUUUAUACAAGAUCUACACAUUGUUGUCCAUUAUUAACACUACAUGAUAAACUAGUGUAGCACACUGAUGUUUGUGUAACAUUGUUGCUGUGUUUGUGUGUUUUGUGUGUCUGUGCAAUGUAUGUAUAUGUAUACGACAGUGUCACUCAAAUGUAACAUUGCAUUGUGUAACUAUCCGUGUGUGUGUGCAUAUUUGUAUUCUGUUUUCGUGUCUCUGUUUGUCCUGUAUUAAAUUUUAUUUACAUAACUAUAUGUUUCCAUGAAUUUACAUAUUUUUUGCGCCUGGAUGUUGCUUGAAAUUGUCAUAUGGUCUUGUUGUUUUCGGCUACUGCACGUUAAUGAAAUUUCCGUUUUGUUAGUAUUGUGUGUCAUUUUGUAUUUGUGCGGGUUGGCAAUUACGUGUUGUGUAGUUCUGUGUUUUUGUAUGAUGUGCUGCUGUUAUUUCAUGUUUUUUGUGCACUGUUGUGUAUCUGUGCAUUGUUCUCUCUCUAUACAACUCCCUCUGGACUUGGCUCAUUUAGAUUCUUUAUCCCCCUCCCUGUCUCCUUGGUUAUCCCCCUCCCUUAAAAUUAACCAUUUCACACAUUGCUAAAAGAGAGCAGAUGCACAGCCUCCCAGCAUUUGUAACCACCAGAGCUGACACUCUACUGCCUUAUAACUUAACUUGCUUGUAAAACCUUCCUGUGCUAUAUUUACUUAUUCAUAUAAAAUAUUAGUGCAUAUAUGUUUAACAUGUUAAAGAUAUUAACAUCUGAUAGCACCCUUCCGCUGCAGAUUAGGACUCCCACAAACCUCAGCCUAAGAAGAACUUAGUUACAGAUUGUGUUUAUAUGUUUUAUUGUCAGAUUACAUGUUUUAUUGCCUUCAUUUUAUUAGUGUGACAAUAGUGGUCGCAAAGUGAGCAGUCGUGAUGUACCCCUGAGUAUUUCAUAUAGUUUGUAAUCUAGUGGGAGAAAAGGUUGUUCAUGAAGUUAUGGGUUUUUGUAAAUUUAAUUUGUGCGUUUUCUGGUUUGCAAUUUAAUUUUUUUCGUAUAUUUGUAGAUAAAUAAAAGACUAAAACAUUUUUUUCAAAUACAAGUGAGAAUUUUUCUUUUGUUUUGUUUGAACACAUGGGGAAUUUGUUAUCUCAUGAAAAAAAAAAUAUUUAGGUGAAUGUUUGUCUUCAGAUACUAAUUCUUCUACAGCAACGUAAAGUAGAUACUUUUAUAUAUACGUGUAUGCGUUUGUUUACGUCUGUCUUUUUUUCGUACAAAUUCAUUUGGUAUAAACACGUGGACAAAAAAAAAUGCAACAAAAGAAAGAAUCGCCAAACUGAAAUUUUACAUAGCUCAUAAUAAUAUAUUUAUUUUCUUUUUUAUUUAUACACGAUGCUCUUUUUUUUUUCAUGCGUUUGUGUUUUGUAUAUUUUUUUCCAUAUGUUUUUGUUGCUUUCCUUUCUUGUGCUAUCUAUGGAAGUCUUCAAGAUGUCCUUUCAAGCUGUAUGUGUUUCUUGUAUAACUCUAGCAUAAUGGUACAACAUCUCUUUUACAUUGUGAUACCCAGGGGGUGUAGGUAAGGUGCCUGCACAUUACUCAGCUCUCAUUAAACUGGUUAUACUGAUUUGUGCUCAGUACCACUAAUUACCAGCCGUAGCAUCUGUUACUUUGUGUGCUUUCAGGUGAGCGGAUAUCAAAAAAUGAAAGGGGGGGAUAGGAUAAAGAAUGGGGGGGACAUGGAUAAAGGAGUGAUGAAAAGAAAAUCAGAAAAGCUAUAAAAAUAAAAAUGAGAAUCAAGAGAGUGUUGUGUUGAAUAAAGGGCAAAGAAGCACAGGCAAUCAAUACUAGAAAGAAAUGAUUUGCAAAUAAAUGAGUUGCAAAAAGUAAAUGAACAAAUAUGCAAAGUACAAAAAGAUCUAUCUCGGUAUGCUUAAACUUAAUUCCACUUGUUCAUGUAUAUUAAUGUCUUUAUUUCCUAUGUAGGUAAUUUGUGGCCAGGAAGAUUCCUCUGGUGACCCUGAUGAUGAAGAUCAGUCAGACACCAAACCCCAACCCAGAUCUCGAAUUUCAAAAAGAAGGUCUGCCUCGCCGGGCCGAGUUCGCAUGUCCAGUGCCAGUCCUCAAAAUUCUACUGUACUCCAACUUCUUUCAAAUUCCCCUGAAUUUUGGGAUGUUCUAAGCAGUCUUUCUGAGCUGGGCCAAAAUCAGGGCCCACCUGUCCCAUCAAGGAGCAGGCGCCAGUCAGUACUAAGGUCCACUGGACGAGCUAAGAAAGUCUUUGGUUGGGGGGACUUCUACUCUAAUAUCAAGACAGUGAAGCUCAACCUGCUCAUAACAGGAAAAGUGGUGGACCAUGGUAAUGGGUCCUUCAGUGUCUACUUCCGGCACAACUCAACAGGUCAAGGUAACGUGUCUGUUAGUCUUGUUCCACCAUCUAAAGUCCUUGACUUUGACAUGGAGCAGCAGAUGUAUGCAGAAGCAAAAGAAUCCAAGAUAUUCAACUGCAGGGUGGAGUUUGAAAAAGUGGAUAAGGCCAUUAAGACAGGAUUGUGUCCCCAUGAUCCAUCGAAAACCUGUCACCAGCAGCAAACCCACAGUCGGGUCGCUUGGACCUGCUCACAGCCUUUCAAGAUUGUUUGUGUUUAUGUCUCCUUUUACACCACAGACUACAGACUGGUGCAGAAGGUCUGUCCUGACUACAACUAUCACAAUAGCAUUCCUUAUUCACCUUCUGGCUGAAAAAAUGACUAUGGUCAUAGAAGGUGGUAGCAACAGGAUAACCUAAGUGGGGCUAAAUAUGGGUCUAUCUUUUAUGGACUUCCUGUGCCUUGGUCUGGUCCAUUGUGGUAUCUGUGUAUUUGUGGAAAAAGUGGACAUAAUACUAUGUAGGUGGUGUGAGGGACAUCAAGUUUGAAUCGUAAUAAUGUAUGCAGUAAUGUCCUGACCGUGUUGUCCCUAAUUAUUAUCUGAAAAAUAGCAUUGCCUGGAGCUCUAUUGAGAUUAUGGGUCUGAUUGAAAUUACGGCUGAGAACACAUACUACUAUAUUCUUGAAGGUUCUAAGAAAAUACCAUUUAGGUUAGCACCAACAAUUCAUAUAUAGAUCCAAAGAGUUAUUUUUUAUCGACGCUGGCAAAGACGGAAUUACUGUUACCUGCAACAAGGUAGCGGCUAAUUGGUGUUGGUAUAGGCAAAGUUUAGCUCAUUAAACAAGACCCAAAAAUAAAUAAAUAACUGUCAGAGGGUCACAUCGCUUCUACAGAGGAUUGACCUUACACCAAUCACAUUUAUUAGACAAUAUUGUCCUUAUGUAGCAUUGACCUGUGAACAAGUCAAGGUCAUUAUGUCACAUUGUCUCGAAUAGGGAUUGCCUCUUAAAAUGUCACAGUCAUUAAAUUUCUAGUUUCACAAUGGGUUUAAUGGUUUAAACAAGUGCUAGCCAUCAGGUUCAUGUGGUGGCAGGGAGCUGGUAAACCAGACGCUAUUAAAAUUAAAUUGUAUGACAGAUGUCCAUCUCUGGCCCUCGAACCUCCAGAUGAACAAUUUUGCUCAUACCAAUUAAAGAUAUAAAUGUGAUGGCGCUAUGACCCAUUAACCCCUUCCCUGUCAGAAAACCAAAAAAAGCACACUGUUGUGAUUUACAAGGGGAGCUGGGGCGGUUGGGGAGAGGGGGAGGUUUGAAUGCUGCUAUAUGUAUGAGGUUUAGCAGAGUAUAAAAUUUACUGUGUCGGUUGUGAGUCGUAUAUAUUAAUUUGGGGGUUCUGUGGUGUGUGUGUGUGUGGGGGGGGGGGGUGGUAUUGUCUCUGUAGCCUUAUCACAAACAAAUAAUCUGUGACAAAUAAACAACAAAUCUGCUGAUUAUACUUUUUUUAUUGCCUUAAACUGUAGUCAUGAAAUGUAUAAACAUGGGCGUGUGUGUGUGUGCGCAUACAUAUACAUAUAUCAUGUAUAUAGAUGUGCGUCUGUUUGUAUAUAUAAGAUCAAUAUACAUAAAUUAUAUGUACAUUUAUA